AUGGAUGUCAAGAAUGCCUUCUUACACGGUGAUUUGACUGAGGAGGUAUAUAUGCAGCCCCCUCCUGGGCAUCCUCAUUCUCCUGGUCAGGUUUGUCAUCUCCUUCGUGCUUUAUAUGGGCUUAAGCAAGCUCCCCGUGCUUGGUUUGCCAAGUUCAACUCCACUAUUGCCCAACUUGGGUUUGCCUCUAGUCCCUAUGAUUCACCUCUUUUUACCCGUCACACUGCUACUGGCAUCAUUCUUCUACUACUUUAUGUUGACGAUAUGAUCAUUACUGGUGCUGAUACUUCUGGUAUUCAUAAGCUUAAGCAAUUUCUGUGUCGGCAGUUUGAGAUGAAAGACCUUGGUUCUCUUCGCUACUUCCUUGGCUUAGAAGUGUCCCCAAACUCUGAUGGCUACUCAUUGACCCAAGCUAAACAUGCCUCUGAUCUUCUCACACGUGCUGGCCUCACCGAUUGUAAGAUAACUGAUAGUCCACUGGAACCCAACAUCAAACUCCGUUCUACUGAUGGGGAGCUUCUUCCUGAUGCCACUCGUUACCAACAGCUUGUUGGGAGCUUGAUUUAUCUCACUGUCACUAGACCAAACAUUGCCUAUGCGGUGCACCUUGUUAGCCAGUUUAUGUCGGCUCCUCGUUCCGUUCACUAUGCUGCUGUUCUUCGCAUCUUACGAUAUGUGAAGGGCACCUUAUUUCAUGGCCUUUUCUUUUCCUCUCAUUUAUCCUUGGCGUUACAAGUUUAUUCAGAUGCUAAUUGGGCAGGGAACCCUACUAAUCGUCGGUUUACCACUGGUUUUCCUUUUUUGCUCGGUGACUUUCUUAUCUCUUGGCGGAGCAAAAAGCAGACUGUUGUUGCUCGCUCAAGCACUGAGGCUGAGUAUCGGGCUCUCGCUGAUACUACCUCUAAGCUUCUUUGGCUUUGUUGGCUUCUCCAAGAUAUGGGAGUUCCUCAGUCCUCGAGCACUCCGCUUUAUUGUGACAAUCAUAGUUCUGUCCAGAUUGCUCACAACGAUGUCUUUCAUGAACGCACCAAACAUAUCAAGAUCGACUGUCAUUUUGUGCAUCAUCAUUUUUAG